AUGUGGUUGAAUGAUGAUGAUGAUGAUGAUGAUGAUGAUGAACGUGAUUUGCCGAAUACUCAAAGAGUGAUUCAAAGGACUGAUAGAGGUGCGGGAUGGCGUCAUGUUCAACAACUGAUGCAUGGAUCAGAUCAGCAAUGUUAUGAUAUUCUGCGAAUGAAUCAAAGGACAUUUGAAGAUUUAUGUAGGAUGCUCUCUACAAGGUAUGGAUUACGAGAAACUGAUAAUGUCUACUUGGAGGAAAGUGUUGCAAUGUUUCUUGAAGCGGUUGGUCAAGAUAAAACUAAGCGGGUUCUUGCAGACAGAUAUCAAAGGUCACUGGAUACAAUACAAAGAAAACUUGAUGAAGUUUUGAGUGAUCUUCUCAAGUUUGCAGCUGAUACGCUUAAGCCAGAAGAAGGAGAAUUCGCAAGGGUAAACCCUAUCUUGAGGAAUGAUGACCGUUAUUAUCCAUAUUUUAAAGACUGCAUUGGAGCACUUGAUGGAACUCACAUCUCAGUUCGUCCUCCAAGUCACAAUGGAGAAGCAUACAGAGGUAGAAAGCAAGAACCGACAAUGAAUGUCCUUGCUAUAUGCAACUUCAAUAUGAAGUUCAUAUAUGCAUAUGUUGGUGUACCAGGUCGAGCACAUGAUACCAAAGUGUUGACUUAUUGCGCAAAAGAAGAGCCUAAUUUUCCACAUCCUCCUAAUGGAAAUUGGUUGAUUCUGGAUAUCCCACCAGGACAGGUUAUCUUGGUCCGCAUCGUCAAGUUCGAUAUCAUCUUGAUCACUUUAACAGAGGAGGGCCGCCAACAAACACUAGAGAAUUGUUUAAUCGGAAGCAUUCUGGUUUAA